CCCGUUGGUUCUCAGAGGUUCAGCGUCAACGUUCCACACAAGUUCAGGAUCCACAACUUUAAAGUCCUGACGUUCUGCGAUCACUGUGGUUCUCUGCUCUGGGGUCUGCUGAGGCAGGGGCUCCAGUGUAAAGUGUGUAAAGUGAACGUGCACAGGCGCUGUGAGAGUAACGUUGCCCCUAACUGUGGAGUCGACGCCAAAGCAAUCGCUAAAGUCCUCUCUGACCUCGGAGUGACGCCGGACAAAAUCUGCAACAGCGCUCUGAGGCGGAAAAAGCUGCUGCAGGGUCAGGAGUCCCGGCCUCAGAUAUCCGGGACGACAGAGACUGAAGACGAUCGUUCGAGGUCGGCUCCAACCUCCCCAUGUGACCCGGAUGCCAAGGAGCUGGAGAACAUCCGGAAGGCUCUUUCCUUCGAUCACAGGGGGGAGGGGCAUAAGAAACACUCCCUCUCCUCCCCCAAAUCUGUGGACACGGUGACGGAGGGGAGUCAUGGAGGAGAACGGGAGAACGGAGACGUCAAAAGUCAUGUUCCGGAAAUGAAACGGCUAAAUCUGCACGACUUCCUGUUCAUCAAAGUCCUCGGGAAGGGAAGCUUCGGGAAGGUGAUGCUGGCGGAGCUGAAAGGCAGCGAUGAGGUCUACGCGGUGAAGGUCUUGAAGAAAGACGUGAUCCUGCAGGACGACGACGUGGACUGCACUCUGACGGAGAAACGCAUCCUGGCCCUCGCUCGGAAACACCCGUGCCUCACCCAGUUGUUCUGCUGCUUCCAGACCAAG